GUUCAUUCCUAACCCCCCACCGAAAUAUAUAAUAAGUUCAAAUUUCGCAGCAAACAGAGGAAACAAGCUAACCCAAAACCCAGUUUCUGCAUUGGCUUCUGUGAGUCCCAUCGAUCAAGAGACCAAGCUUUUCAGAGCGGCGAAGUUAGGGUUUUGUGUCAGUCUGAUCGGGUGUAGUAAAUUAAGGGUGUGAGUUGAAGAAGGUUAUGACACCGUCAGAUGACUCAGAUGAUGAGAGCAAGCAUUUGCCAGAUUUUGUUACGAAUUACCAUUUUAUAGACGACGAGGAUGUACCUGUCUCUUUUCAUGUUUUGCCAAUUGAAUGGAGUGAGGGUAAGAGGCAGGAUGGCAAGACUCGGCAGAUAUCUAUGCGUGGCACUGCUGAUAAUGGGCUUCAGAGAAUAUAUAUGCAGGUUAUCGCAUGGAAGUUUGACCUUUCCAAUGUGGAUCCUGUGAUCUCGGUGCUCUCAAAGGAAAAGCACUGGGUCAGGCUUCAGAAGCCAAGGAAGAGCUUUGAGGACAUAAUAAGGUCAAUCUUGAUAACAGUGCAGUGCCUUCAUUAUGUGAAGAGAAAUCCUGAGACAUCCAGCAAAUCUUUAUGGGAUCAUCUAUCUAAAGUUUUCAGCUCGUAUGAGGUCAGGCCGUCGCAGAAUGACCUGGUGAAUCACAUGCCUCUAGUUAGUGAAGCUAUUAAAUGGGAUGAUGCCUUAGCAAAGUCCAAGUUUUUAGUCAACUUUCUUAAAGAGAAGCCCAUGAAGAGGAAACUAUAUGAUGAGGACAUUCAAGCUACAGAAAAGCCCGGGUUUAUAGUUGAUGACCUAGAAGAUUAUGUGAUUGAUGUUGAAGACGAGUCCAAUGAUGAUGACAACCUGUUUGAUUCUGUUUGUGCUUUUUGUGAUAAUGGUGGAGAUCUUUUGUGCUGUGAAGGGAGAUGCCUAAGGUCCUUUCAUGCAACUGAAGAGAGUGGUGAGGAAUCUAUGUGUGAAUCUCUUGGCUUUACACAGGAUGAAGUAGAUGCGAUGCAAAAUUUCUUCUGCAAGAACUGUGAAUAUAAGCAGCAUCAGUGCUUUGCUUGUGGGAAGCUAGGAUCCUCUGAUAGAUCUGCAGUUGCUGAGGUGUUCCCCUGUGUUUCUGCAACCUGUGGUCAAUUUUACCAUCCACAUUGUAUUGCACAACUCGUUUAUCAAGACAAUGGAGUUACUGCUGAAGAGCUUGAAAAAAACAUUUCUAAGGGGGAAUCUUUUACGUGCCCAAUACAUAAAUGCUGCGUUUGUAAACAAGGAGAGAAUAAGAAAGAUCCUGAGAUGCGUUUUGCUGUCUGUAGGCGUUGUCCAAAAUCCUACCAUAGGAAAUGCCUGCCACGGGAGAUUGUAUUUGAGAAAAAAGCGGGAGACGUAGAAGAGGAGAAUGUAAUACUAAGAGCUUGGGAAGAUCUAUUACCUAACCGUGUACUAAUAUAUUGCACGAAACAUGAGAUAGUUGAAAGCAUUGGAACUCCAAUAAGGGAUCACGUAAAAUUUCCUGAUGUUAAAGAAAAGAAGACUACCAUUGUUAAAAGGAAGACUGGUUUUGACGAGAAAAAGAGAAAAUGGACAACAGAAUCUUUUCUAGAUAGAGAGAAAUCUGUGACAAAGAAGAGAAACCUUUCCUCUGAAGAAUUCCGUAGGGGGCAAACUGCUCCUACAUUGUCUAGACAGAAGCUGAAGUUACCUUUUCCUGCAAAAGUGGGUGGUAGCAAAACUAGUGAAAAAGUACCAUCUCGGUUAGAUAUAUCAAGAAAGGUGAAAGUAAAUAGUUCAUUGAAAAAGGAAAUUAAGACUUCCGUAGCCGAGGGAAAGAAGUCCUCAUUGGGUGAUCAACUAUUUGACUACAUGAAGGGGUCUGAGCAAGUGAAGUCAGGGAAGCAGGGUAAACCUGAUGGUGAGUGUAAUUCGGCAACAGUUAAUCCUGCUUCAAAGAAGUUGAGCAGUGAAGAACCAUCUUUAGAUGCAGCUUCAGAGAGGAGAUUAUUGGCUUUAAUGAAAGAUGCUGCAUCCUCAAUAACUUUGGAAGACGUUAUAAGAAAGCACAAAGUUCCAUCUACUCAUGCAUUUUCGUCGAAAAAUGCUGUGGAGAGGAACAUUACACUGGGAAAGGUGGAAGGUUCAGUUGAGGCUAUUCGAACGGCGUUACGGAAACUAGAGGAAGGAUGCAGUAUUGAAGAUUCAGAGGCUGUUUGUGCGCCUGAAAUUCUUAACCAGAUUUUUAAGUGGAAGAACAAGCUGAAAGUCUAUCUUGCACCUUUUUUGCACGGAAUGCGCUACACUUCCUUCGGUCGCCAUUUCACAAAGGUGGAAAAACUAGAAGAGAUUGCUGAUAGGCUCCAUUGGUACGUAAAGAAUGGAGAUACAAUAGUAGACUUCUGUUGCGGUGCUAAUGAUUUCAGCAUCAUAAUGAAUAAAAAGCUUGAAGAGACGGGGAAGAAGUGCUUUUACAAAAACUAUGACUUCAUUCAACCGAAGAACGAUUUCAAUUUUGAGAAGAGAGAUUGGAUGACUGUUCAACCAAAGGAGUUACCAUCAGGGUCACACUUGAUCAUGGGGUUGAACCCUCCUUUCGGAGUUAAAGCGUCUUUGGCCAACAAGUUUAUUGACAAGGCUCUCGAGUUCAAUCCAAAGAUUCUUAUUCUUAUUGUUCCACCAGAAACUCAAAGGUUAAAUGAAAAGAAUUCACCUUAUGACCUGAUUUGGAAAGAUGAGCAGUUUCUGUCAGGAAAGUCAUUCUAUCUCCCUGGAUCUGUUGAUGGGAAUGACAAACAAUUGGAGCAAUGGAAUGUGAGGCCACCACCCCUGUAUCUUUGGAGUCGUCCUGAUUGGUCUGCUGAGAACAAGGCUAUAGCUGAAGCGCAUGGACACAACUCUGCAUCACAAGGGUUUAAGGAAGAUGAUCAUUCCGACUGCCUAAUCCCUGAUAAUUCAGUAGUUAAUGAUGAGCAUUAUGGUCAAACACUUGUGCAGAUGGAUGAUGAUCCCAUAAAGACUGAUAGUCCCAAGGAUGUUGCAGGAGGGUCAGUUGCGAUGCAGGUAUUAGAGGGCUCUUGUAAGAUCAGUGUUGACAGAGAUGGCCAUGUGAGUCCUCGUCAUGGAAAGAACCACAUUGAAGAGAUAUCAGGGAAACUGCAGUGUGGUGGCAGAGAAGAGCAUCGAAGUGGUAUGCUUGAGAACUCUUCAGAAAAAAAACUAGAUGGUGUAAAGGUUUCUGGUAGUGAGAUACGAAAGGAAAUGCUGACACACACUGAGCCUCUUGAAAAAGGAAAUCAGCAUUCUGAGCCCAGCAAUUCUGGUUCUAAUAUGGAGAUAGAAACUACUGAUAGUGGGACCCGCGCCAACGUUGCUGAUGAUACAGGCAGAAGCUUUGCCAGGAGCAGUGAUGAGGCGUACUCCAGUCUGCCUCGUAGAUGGAGCACUGCUGCCAAUUCUGGUUCUGGUUAUAGGGCUACAAAUGUGGAGCAACUGUUUGUGGGGCACAUGAGGGAAAGGUCAGAUCGCCUUGGUUAUGGACCAUAUUUGAAUCAGGUAGAAUACCCAUAUAGGAGGGAGUCUGACAUACGCUCGCAGGUUCGCCUUUAUGGUCAGCCAGAUUCGGAUCCUUAUAGUAGUUUUUUAGUGGGUCAGAAUCCUGUGAGUGGCCAGAUUGGAUCGUAUCCCUCUACUUAUGGCCAUACUCAUUUUGGUUCAACAGCUGGGUCAUAUUACAGAAGUAAUACAUCAGUCAUGCAGCAGUAUGCGCCUCGGUUGGAUGAAUUGAACCACUUGAGGAUGGGUGCCUUAGGACCUGAGCCUAGUUUAGGAUAUGACCCGCACGUGUUCAGUAGCAACGUCCCUUUUGAUCCUAGGGCACCCCGACCCGGUCAGCAUGGUGGCCCCAUGGGGUUUGCUCCUGGUCCUCACCAAAGCUAUUCAAGCCAAAAUUCAGCUGGUUGGCUGAACGAGUAAGUAUGUUCCAUGUAUCUGUAGGUUUUGGCUUCUGUACAUAGAUUAGCUUAUGCUUAUGAAGAUGUAUUGUAACCUUUUACUUCAUUUCACUGUACUAUUUUAGUUGCAUCUUGAAGUGAAACUUUUUAUAACUUUCUAUUGCUUUGCCCUCCCA